AUUACACAGAAUCCAAGAUGCCGCUUUCCUACUUGUCCAACUGGGCACCUUUCCGCAUCGAUGCCCUCGGGCUAGUGACCUUGAUAGGCGCUGAAGAAGUCAACAGAAGUGUCGGACGUUUGGUACAGAGUCGAUACGCCAAGUAUCUACCCUUGCUAGGAGCACAUCUCAUAGCGGACAAUCAGUUCACGACUAUGACCUCGGGAUUUCAUCUCUACAAUGUCUCCGAUGCCAUCAGAACUCCAGGCCUUUCUGCCUGGCUUACCCGCUGGUUGAAAUCCCAGAACUUGAAGAUGAGCACUACCGUUUUUGAGUGGUCAGUUGCUCCUGGGAAGUCUCAGGAGAGCAAAUCUGGCUGUGGGAAGGCGUGGGACGCCCUACUUGCGGCCCUCAUCGGAUUUCUCACCAUUGGUGGGAGCUUGGUCCUUGUCGUAGCGAUGGGUGAUUGGUGGGGCUUGGCUAACACGAUAUCGAUGAUAGUCUCUGUUGUCGUACGUUGUUGCUUAGUCCAAGAGAACGUGGACGCCUUAGAUAAAGCUGUCCUCGACGCCUGCUAUGAACGAAGUGGUAUCCAAGGCGGCAGUGAGAAAGUCAAGUUGCUAAUCUCACUGGCUGAUGGCAGGAUGGUGACAAUGUACGCUCCCCGGGGGCUUGUCCUUGAAGGCUUUACGAAGCGUCUUACCAUUCUCCAGCCGCGUUUGUACUCUUACACAAGAGCAUUAGGCUGGUUCGUCUUCGGCGUCCAUGUUCUUUCUUUAGGCCAAGCCACAUUUCUGAACCAAAUAUACGCAAUUGCUCUUCUCGUCCUGAGUACGUGGGCCACUGCAAAGGGCAUCGGCUCCAACGAGUACUACAUCACCGAACAUAUCUCGGCCAAACGGGUCGAGAAUUAUCCUUUCUGCCCGGAUAAGAGAAAGUGGGCUUACAUACGUCUUGGGUGCAACGGAGUGGAGGAGGAGUCCUUGGCCGAUUGGGGGCUCUUACCUCGGAAGGCGAACACCAAGUGGUGGAGAGAUUUCAAAGAGUCUGAAGAGCAAUGGAAGUUUCAAAAAUAUCGAAAAUCUUACGAUACUGCCAAGGUUUGA